AUGACAAAUCUAUCCUUUCGCGAACAAGGCAAUGAGCGCUUCAAGGCAGGGGAGUACAAGGAGGCCGAAGAGUUAUAUAGCGCCGCAAUAGCCGAGCAUUCUCGAUCCGAUCCCAAGGUCUUUGCCAACCGCGCUCUUACACGCCUCAAACUCCAAGAUUGGCAAGGUGCUGAGUCCGACGCCAGGAAAGCGAUCGAACUCUAUGGCCCCAAACACGAAGCCCAGGCAAUGAAGUCGCACUAUUACCUUGCACAAGCCCUCCUCCCCCAGCGGCAUGUUGGCGAGGCUCUCACUGAGGCAAAACACGCGUACGCCACUUGUUUAGAAACCAAGGACUCCAGUGCAGAGUUAAUUGGACAAUUUAUACUCAAGGCAAAACAGGCGCAGUGGCAGGCGAAGGAAACCGCACGGUUACGAGAGUUGAAUUCGACUUUGGCGCUUGUGGAGGACCUGCUCAACCAGCAGCUCGAGCGAGACAAGCAAGAGGUACAAGCAAGGUUUGAGAAUCAAGAAAUCGGCGAGACCGGGCGACAAGAGGAAAUCGAUGAGCUCGAGAAGGAAGCCGAGGCAAGAAGAGCGAACAUCAGGAAAGCAUUUGAGAAUUCUGCCAGUCCAGAAACAGUCGAGAGGGUUGUACCGGACUGGAUGAUUGAUCCCAUCACAUUUGAAGUUAUGCACGAUCCCGUUGUCACUCCGACCGGUGUCUCAUACGAGCGCACAAGUCUACACAGACAUAUCAAGGCCCAUGGAUGCGACCCUUUAACACGACAGCCGCUCAAGUAUGAUAUGUUGAUCCCGAAUGUUGCAUUGAAGAAUGCUUGUUCGGAGUUCCUAGACAAGAAUGGAUGGGCUGUCGAUUGGUGA